AUGAACGAUCCGGGGCUUGAUGAGCCCAUUGGCGAGACCUCUGACAGGCUUGAGAAAGAGCAGAGAGACGAGGAGGAUGCGCAGAAUGAAGAUGAACAGGCAUUUCUUAAACCAAGGCUUCUAGCUAUCAACGGUCUCUCCCUUGGCUUCGCCCUCAUCUCAAAUUUCUCCCUCCUUCUGAACAUGGCGCGCCGCCUCUCUUUUUCCGUAGCCCAGCCCAUCACCAUCGUCGGCUGGUACCUCGCUUCAAUUCUACUUAUUGGUGACAUAUCUGCCAUCAUACAUUAUGUACAAAGGCCCCAUCAGCGACGGGCGCUUUCCCAAGCAUUCUAUUACGCAAUUUUUGCUGCAGCCUUAUAUUUUAUCAUCGCAACACUCAUGGUAUUCACUGUCUACGGCGCUUGGAAGAAGCAUUACCGCAAGGAGUUCAAGCUUACGACGAGUCAGCGUACACUUAUGCUGCAGACGAUAAGCUUGCUGGUCUAUAUGGUGGGAGGCGCGGGUAUGUAUGCAAAGAUUGAAGGAUGGGGCUUUUUGGAUGCGCUGUUCUUCACCAAUUUCACAUUAUUGACGGUCGGUAUUGGAGACUAUGCACCCCUAACCCAUUUGGGUAGAGGUAUACUCUUCCCUUACGCCGUAGGCGGAAUCGUAACUCUAGGCCUUGUGGUCGGCUCCAUUCGCUCACUCGUUCUUGAACGUGGAAAAAACAAAUUAGGACGACGCAUGACUGAGAAGAAGAGACAGGCGCUUAUCAAGAAGUUGCUCAAGAGCAAAGAAUCGUCGCGCCGUGAGCGGGAGUUUCAACUGAUGAGGAGCGUGCAGAGUGCAACAGAAAGUCGACAAAAGUGGAUCGCCUUGCUCUUCUCAGGCUCCGCUUGGCUCGUCCUCUGGUUCAUUGGAGCCUUGGUAUUCUAUUUUGCGGAGCACGAGCAGAGAUGGACAUACUUCCAAUCCCUCUACUUUUCCUACACAACUCUUCUCACUAUCGGCUACGGCGAUUUCAAGCCCUUCUCUAACUCGGGAAAAGCUUUCUUCGUUCUCUGGUCCCUCUUAGCAGUGCCCACCCUCACAAUUGUAAUUAGCAACAUGGGCGACACCAUCGUCAAAAUUAUUAAAGAUCUUACGCUCUAUCUCGGCGAAUUCACGGUCCUCCCCGGAGAAGCUAGCGGGAGAGAUCGUCUGAAGCAGGCAGCCAACAAAUUCUCCCAGGAGAAGUUCGGCUUCGGCCGCGACUCCCGCAGAGUCCACGAGCAAGGCGGGUUCUUGCCCGAAGGGGGCGGCGGCAGCAAUAAGAAGGGCGAUCACCUGAACAAAGGUACAGAUACUACGACCGGCCACGUUGAGCAGUCAGAAAUCGAAGGCGAGCGCUCAGACCGCCGCAAGGGAAAUAUACUUGGCUCUUCGAUCUAUGAGUACCAUUUCAUCCUAGCCCGUGAAUUUAGGCUCGUGAUCGAGCAUCUGAGCGAGAGUCCGCCGCGGCAGUACGCCUAUAGUGAGUGGGCGUACUAUUUGAAACUAUUAGGUGAGGAAGAGGGGUCGACGGAGCUGCAUAGAAGCCCAAACGUCCAGUCUGGAUUGACGGAGGAGAAGGGGACGAUGCAGCAAGGGAUGGAUCAAGGAGAUGGUGGGGACGGGGAGAGACAUCCGAAGGCGUGGAGUUGGCUAGGGGAACGGAGUCCAUUGAUGGGGGAAAUGGAGGAGGCGGAGUGGGUGUUGGAAAAAUUGGCAAGGAGGCUGGAACAAUGUUUGAGGGAGAUGCAUGAGCGUGAAUCGAGGGAGGGCGAUUGGGCAAAUACGGGCAACUAG